UUAUUCUGUGCUGGAGUUGCCACUCGAGCGGCCGGUCGAGUAUCCUAUGGCUCGGUGUUGGUGUAGAGGAAUGUAACUUUGAAAGCUGGGCUGCGGGUUUGCUCAGGGAUGUGCAAGGCUUCUGCGGGAUGGGAGGCGAGCAGCCACCCGCUGCUGUGCCCUCGUUGCUUCAUCUCCCUGUUCAUCACUUCAGAGCUGCUGCUGUGUUCAGCUGGAAGGGUUCAUCCCAUAUAGAUCAACUGCCGCAGCAGCUUUCAUCGUUCCCUGGUGUAUUCAGCGUGGUGAGGUGUGCCAGCCUUGCUGGGAUCACCAACUGGCAGCGUGGCAUCUGCUCUUGCUUUGGGGCAGCUUGCUUGUCAGACUGUGCUACUUAGUGAAUGGAUGCGGUGCUGCGUUUUCCAAAGAGCGGGUUGUGAUUUUCCUGAAUUGCAACGAGUUGUGGGAAGGCAGAAGUAGAUGGGGAAGGUUUUCAUUGUGGCCAUGGAAGUAGUGAGGUGUUGUGGUAUUGCUCUGUGGGCACACAACAGGAACUGGUGCUGUGUAGAUGUCCCUGCUCACACUUUUGUAUAAAAAGCCUCAAGUUGUGAAUAAUGUAGCCCUUAGCUUCUGCAUGCUUAUUGCAAAGUGAAAUUGUAAUGUACUCACACGCUAUGCUGUAUUUUAACUUAGCUAUAUUUUGUCGGAGAAGAAAGCAUUUAGCGUAUGUGAAAGUAAUUAUUGGGUAAUUUGAAAACCACAUACAAGGAUUUGAAGUGCGAGGAGAAACCUGUGACUCUGUUCUGCUGACUGGUUCUCUCCAGCCGUUUUCUGGCUUGUCAGUUGAUUUACUAACGUGUAGUGAAUAGCUUUUGUUUUUUCUCAGGGUCACUGUGAGUGCUGGCUGCACAAAUAGUUAUCCGUGACAAUAACAGAGCAGGAAGUUAAACUAGAAAUUACAAAAAGAACAAUACCUUUUUUUUUUUCCUGUUCAAUGACAUUGGACAUCUUCAAAGCCCCAUUUGUUACCCAAAAUGAUCAUAUCUGUAGUUUUAAUGAGGUUUUCCAAUUGAACUUAUGAAUGAGACUCCUGUAACUGAUACUGCUCAUUAAAGUGUAAUUUGAAGGUUGCAUUUAGUCUGGAUAGGUGUCUAUUGCACACACAGCAUAAACAAAGCUUUUUUUAAGACAAAACAUUAGAGCUGAUGUUGUAAUCAGUAUCUGGUGCCUCUCAUGGAUGUUCUGUGUUAGGCUGUCUUUAUAGUGAAAGCAGAAAACUUAAUUCCAAGCAAGUGUUCUUGAAUACUUUUUUUUGUUGAUCAGACGUUUCCUUCUAAUGCGAGUAGCUGGUAAUGUUGCUUAACAGAUAAACUUAAAAACAUUCGUUUUGUGAAGUAAGACUUUGUAGUUUGGAAAUGUAGUUGCAAGAUUGACUUGCAUUGAUAAAGCGAUGUCUGUCUUAGCCUCAGUCUAUGAGCAAGGUUAAGUUUUUCAAGUGUUUUCAAGAGAAAUGCUCAUAGUUUAUUAUUCUUGCUAAUAUUUUCUGUAUGGGAAGCAGGCGUACUGUAUUUACCCUUAAGUUCCCUGUUCUAAUUCUGGUAGUUAUUAUAUAUCCCUGAUUGUUUUCAGCCAACUCUUAGAAUUUUCCCAGUGGCUUAAGUUGGCAACUUGAGGUCGGUGGUAAUAAAAUAGAAGCAGGAAAGAGAAGAGAUUUGCACUCAAAGGGAUCUCUGGGAAGAGGACUAUCCAGUCCAAGGCAAUUAGGUCUGAAAUCAAUCUGCCUAGGAUUGUGUUAAUGGAAAAGCAGAGACAAAAAUAAGGAAGAUUUCUUAUCUCAAAGCAAAGAUUUGUCAUGUCUUACCAUCACAAUGAAGCCUUUGAAAAUCCAGACUACCACUUCUCAGAGACGCUGGAAGUUGACAGGAGCAGGAAUUCUCAAAAGAAUCUCCUCUCUCACCAAAACCCCUACGAUUCAUCAUACAGUUACCAAGGAGAACAAAGAGGGGGAAGACAGAAUCAUCCUGCAGCCAUACCAAUGACUUCCCUGAGACAUGACUCUGAAUACAGUGCAAGUUUACCAAGAGUUGAAGUCGUGAGCAGAAGUCCAUAUGGAAGAGCCCAGGAUAAUCAUUCCUUUGAGCCUGAGCCGGAAUUGGCAUACAGCACAAAUUCUGCCUUCAGUCGCCUGGAUGACCCCUAUACUCAAAGAUUGUCCAGUGCAUCAGAAGAUAACUUCGUUCGGAGACGCAGCAGAAGACCAUCUGACAUCAUGGCGUUUUCAACCCUGUCUCAGGCAGCUCCAGUGUACAGAGAAGAGGAAAAAUUAGUUGGAAGUCUUGUAAACAUGUCCAAGCGUGAAAGGAUUAAAGCGAUACAGAAAAUGCCAGAAACCAUGAAAAGAAAGAGAGAGAUCAGGAAUAAAGUUCUCAGAGAAAUAACAAAGAAAUCAAGGGGCCGCAGUACUCAGUGUGGCUGCUGUACGCACUGUCUGCAUAGAGCAAGAGUGUCAUUUCGGCGAUUUAGAAACAGCUUGUCAGAAUAUUUUUACCGACUGAGUUUCUGGCACAAGACUCUGAAGAUCAUCGGUGGAGAGUUUGGAACCAGUGUUCUUUCUUACUUUAUUUUCUUGAAAUGGCUGCUGAAUUUCAACAUCUUCUCAUUCCUCAUAAACUUUGGUUUCAUCACAAUCCCUCAGUUUGUUACAGCAGAACCAAAUAACCUUUCAUUCACGGGUCUGGAGCUGCUCACUGGAGCUGGUUAUUUUCAACAAACAGUACUCUACUAUGGCUUUUACACCAAUGCUACAAUCAGAAAAGUGAAGAAUGGUGCAUCUUACAACAUGCAGCUGGCAUAUAUUUUCACUGUUGGAAUAUAUUUUGUCAUCUGUUUGCUUAUCUUGUUGUUCAGCAUGGCAAAAUCGUUCAGCAGAAACUUUAUUAACCCUCAGACGUACUCUGGCAAUGCAAGCAAACUUCUCUGCACUUGGGACUUCAACAUAACUAAUGAAAAAGCUGUGAAGUUGAAACAAAAGAAUCUCAGUACACAGAUAAAGGAAGACCUCGCUGAAGAAAACAAAGAAGCUCUAAUUUUUUCUGUAACAGAGAGAAUUGUUCGUUUUCUUAUCCAUCUUGGGUCAUGGGCUGCUUCCCUGGGAACAACAGUAGCUGCAUGUGCUGGCGUUUACUUCCUCUCCAUUAAUAAUCUGCGGCUCUUUAUGAAGGGGUAUGGAAAUGACCUGGAGGGCCAAGCUGCCAUGUUGGUGCUACCCAUUGUUACAUCCCUCCUCAAUGUGUUCAUCCCAUUCUUCUACUCAUGGCUUGGAAACCUGGAGAAAUUUCAGAAUCCCAAAAGCAAGAUAUACGUCGCUAUUGCCAGAACUAUAAUCCUGAAAAUAUCCAUUAUUGGAAUACUGUGCUACUACUGGCUUAAUGUUGUGGCUGCAUCGGAGUCACAGUGCUGGGAAACACUGAUUGGCCAAGAUAUCUAUCGUCUUGUGUUGGUCGACUUCAUAUUUUGUUUGCUUGGCUCGUUCUUUGGAGAAUUUUUGCGAAGAAUUAUUGGAACUACAGUCUGUCUAAGCCUGGGAGUGCCAGAAUUUGAUAUUGGACGAAGUGUUUUAGAUUUGAUCUAUGCUCAGACUUUGACCUGGAUCGGUAUUCUCUUCUCACCCCUGCUGCCUGGUAUCCAGAUGAUGUCAUUUUUUAUAGUGUUUUAUGUGAAAAAGGUCAGUCUGAUGAGGAAUUGCCAACCUCCUCGCAAAGCAUGGAGAGCUGCUCAGAUGACAACAUUCUUCAUGUUCCUUCUGUUUUUCCCGUCCCUCAGUGGAGUCCUGUCCGUCAUUGCAGUCACUGUCUGGAGGUUGAAACCUUCAGAAGGCUGUGGACCUUUCCGAGGUCUGCCUUCUAUAUAUGCAGCAAUCUCUGAGUGGGUAAAAAUACUGGAAAAUUACGUUGAUUCAAAAUGGGUAGCAUGGAUCUACAACAACUUAAUUACAAGUGAACUUUUCUUCUUCAUCCUCUCCGUUGUUAUCCUAGUUAUUACUUACCUUUACUGGCAAAUAAUAAAAGGAAGAAGAACCAUGGCCAAGCUCUUACGUGAGCAAAUCAUUAAUGGAGCAAAAGAUAAAAUGUUUUUACUUGAAAAACUACGGAUGCUACAGAGGAUAGAAAACCCAUUUACGCCAAGAAGACAAGACCAGCAGAGAAGCUUUUCUCCAGACCGCGCAUCCCUGCCACCUGCCCAGCAAGAACCAAACUACUCAGGAAGGACAUCUGACAGAAAUCAAACUGCAUCCUACAAUGAGUAUCCUUAUUCUGCUGGGAUCUCGAGGGCAACUGGCUUCCCAUCUGAUUGGGAAACAUCCCAGCCAAGCAGCAGCUCAGGAAUGUCUGAAGCAGUGGCCCUCGCUCUGCGUGCCAGACAAGCAGCUCAAUGGGAAGAUUUAAAUGACAUGGAUUUUCAGCCAUGAGCAGACGCAGCCAGCAGUGGAUGCUGCGUAACCGAUGGGUGUCCUGCAGAAGGCGAUACUGAUUCACAUGACUGAAACAACCUUCAUUAUUUAUUUUUUUUCUCCUCCGGUGGAAGAAAGAACAGAGGUUGCAAAGUGCUAUCUGAGCCAGCUGAGUAUUGGUCAAAUACAGAGAAAAUACAAUUAAAGCACAGUUGUUUUUAAUGAUUGUUUUAAUGGCUGCAAACUGACUUGUGUGAAUGAUUACAUUAAUCCUGUUCCGGCUGCCCUUCUCUGAGCCAUUUAUGUAGGCCUUGUUACAUUUGUUCUACACCAGCUUGAUGAACUCUUU